AUGCUGCUGCUGCCGCUGCUGCUGCCCAUCCUCUGUUUUCUGGCGACGCCGGGAGCCGCCGCCGUGCCGUCCUCCCGCAACAGCGCGAUUCUGUUCCCGGGCCCCAUCGCCUGCACGGCGCCCAGCGGCCAGCCCGGCGUGUGUGUGCUGCCGCGGGACUGCCCGGCCGAGCGGGGCCCGCCCAGCACCGAGGCCUGCGGCUUCGAGCGGGGCAGCCGCCAUCUUAAGCACUGCUGCGAGCAGACGGCGGUCGAGUCGGUGCUGCCGGAGGACUGCGGCCGCGGCGGCUUCAGCAGCCAAGGCGGCAUCGUGCCCAACAUCGUCAACGGCCGGCCGGCCGAGCGCGCCGGCUGGCCGUGGGCGGCCGUGGUGGGUCUGAAGCAGUCCGAUGGCAGCGUGCGCUGGUUAUGCGGCGCUGCGCUGAUCGGCGCGCGCCACGUGCUGACGGCCGCCCACUGCCUGGUAGCCGCGCCCGACGAGCUGGUGGUGCGGCUCGGUGAGCACGACCUGAGGACGGCCGACGACGGCGACCACCAGGACCGCAACGUGAGCCGGGCAGUGCGCCACCCAAGCUUCCACCGCAGCCAAAACGACGUGGCGCUGCUGGAGCUGGACCGACCAGCGCAGCUGAGCGACGCCGUGCAGCCCGUCUGUCUGCCGGAGCCGUCGCAGGCGCUGGCCGGCCGCGCCGGCUGGGUGGUCGGCUGGGGGGCGCUGAACUUCGAGGGGCCGACGGCCAGCGUGCUGCAGGAGGCACUCGUGACAGUGCAGCCCGUCGACGAGUGCGAGGCCACGUUCAAGCAGGCGCCGCAGUACAGCUUCCGGUUCCCCGACGGCUUCGCCGGCCGCGUGUUGUGCGCAGCCUCUCGUCGCGGCAUGGACUCGUGCACCGGCGACUCGGGCGGCCCGUUAUCGUUGAAGCGGCCCGACGGACGCUACCAGGUGAUCGGCCUGGUGCUGGAGGGAAUCGGCUGCGGCAGCCUCUUAUACCCCGGCCUGUACACGCGCGUCGCCAGCUACGUCGACUUUAUCCGGAAGGAGGCGUCACGCUCGUGACCGGCCCGUGCCGCCGUCGGUCGCUGGCGCACGGCGACACCGCACGGCAUCCAUCACGUGAGGUAUGCCCCAGGGCGUUGUGAUCGUGUUAUUUAAUUUAUUGUUGCGCGUUAGACUUGUUGACAUGAUGUGUGUGAAACGAAAGCGUGAUUAUUGUGAUGCCGAGUUGUGAUACUGUGAACGUGUUGGCGAAAGCGUACUAUACGACUUUGUUUGUUGUCAUCAUUAUGGAACAAAUAUACCGUAAGUGAAAAACUGCAUUUCACCAUUGCACCAAUUAAUUCUAAUCCAUCCAAAGUAGUACGCUGCCUUUAUGACGCAAAAAGCACGUGCCUUUUUUGCUUUUCGGUUUGGCCGCGGUUACUGGAUCUACA